AUUAAAGAGCCUGUGACUCUCUUUUUCCUCAAAACCAAACCAGGCAGAACUAAGAUUAUUGAUUGACAGUCAUCAGCUUGUUCUUCUUCUCUGUGUCAGCCAAUCACCAUCUCAGCAAAGAUGACAUCAGUCUUUCCGUUUGCUUUGUUUCUCUGUUUGUCCAGCAGACUGUUGGCUGCAUAUGGUCAAGCUUCCUGCCCUCCUGAUUGGACUCAGUUUGGCUCUCGCUGUUUCAAUUUCAACAUCGGGCCAAAGACCUGGUCCGAUGCAGAGACCUUCUGCCAGACCGCUGGUGGGAAUCUGGCUUCCAUCCACUCAGAUGAGGAACAUACAUUCAUCAGAAACUACAUUAAGCAAGUGACUGGUACAUACAGACGUUCCUGGAUCGGAGGCACUGACGUCAUCCAGGAGGGUACGUGGUUGUGGUCUGAUGGAUCCAAAUUCAACUACAAAAGCUUCUAUGUGGGGGAGCCUAACAACUGUUGUGAAGGGGAGAACUGUCUUGAGAUGAACUGGAAAGAAACAAACUGGAAUGACGUGCGUUGUGCCGACCAGUUUUCUUUCGUGUGCUCCAAGAACCUAAAACUGGAACGACGCAGGUUGUACCUACCAGGCUUCUUUCGUGUGCUCCAAGAACACAUUCUUCAAUGCGGGGCAGCCUGACAACGUCGGGGGUGAGAACUGUCUUGAGAUGAACUUUGAAGGAAAGAAGUGGAACGACAGGUCUUGUAGCACCCCAUUUUAUUUUGUGUACUCCAAGAACCUCCUUUCACUUGUUUAUUAUCUGAAGAGUUAGGGAACAGUUCACAUUUGGGUUUAAAAUUAGACACAAAACUGGCUCACUGAGAUAGACAACAAUUAACACAUUAAUUAGAUUUCUCUCUGAGAGUUAUUCUUCAGAUCAAUACAACUCUCAUGUGUGUACGCAAAAUAUGAAGUUCCCUCAAGCAGACGAGUGGAAACAGGGGGAAACAGCUAUCUUAGCUUAGCAUAAAGACUGGAAACAGCUAGCCUGACUCCGUCCAAAGGUAAACCUAUCAGACAUAAGUGGUGAUGAUCUUUUUAUCCAAAAUGUCCAGAUAGAAAAUAAAAUUGUAUAUUUUGUCGGACCCUUCUGUGAUACAAGAGGAGAAUGCAACUGUAAUAACACUUCAUCAUAACUAUUAAUAAUUCAUAUAGUCCACUGGUUUAAUGAACUGGUUACUUUUUAUUC